AUGACUACUCAACCCCAAGAUGGUCAACUCAAAGCGGCAUUUCAGUUAUUUAUUCUCACUAUUGGAGUCCUUUAUGGAUUGGCACACCUAGCUUGGAGAGUACUACGCUGGCAUUUCUUCAAUCGCUACUCUGGCAUCCCUGAGAUUGAGAAAUUGGGAACCACACGUUCUCUAGGGCAGAAAUUGGACGGGACAGCAGUGAUAUGUGGGGGAAGCAUCGCUGGACUACUCACAGCACGAGUAUGUUCGGACUUCUUCGAACGCGUUAUCAUCGUCGAACCAGAAGAGUGGUUGACCACCGAAGAUGGUAUGCGCAGGUAUGGUUGGGAACAAGAGCACAAGCGCACUCGUGUCAUGCAAUACCAAUCCCUCCACGGCGGCCAAGCUCUCUUGUAUACCGGACUUCGAGAACUUUUCCCCGAUCUGGAUGAACAGUGCCGCUAUUCAGGGAUGACUAUAUAUCCAGCGGACAGAAAGAUGAACUUUGCAGGAACUCCCAUCCCAGCUCCGGUCGAAUCAUAUGGUGGAAACUUGCCCAAAGCAAUUCUUGGCAGUCGAUCGGGCUUCGAAACACUUCUGAGACGGUUGGUGUUGGGUCAAGGCGAGUAUCGUAACGUUUCGCAGAUAGCUGGAACUGUCAUUGGUGUAUCGCCACACUCUGAUGACUCUUCUCGCAUUGGACGAGUCAAGAUUCGGCGAGCGGACUUGGGGGUUGAAGAGCUCGAUGCAAGCUUGGUGGUUGAUUGCACUGGAACAACUCGUGCUGGACUCAAGUGGCUGUCUCAGUCAGGCUAUGGUACAGAUGUCGUCCACGGCGACGGUAAACUUCCCUUACAAGACGCAAAGAUAUCAUUCGACCAGAAGUUGCAUUAUUCCACUCUUAUAUGCAAUGUCACCCCCGCCACUCUGGAAAAGCUACCAGUUCCUAGUAAUCAAAAAUUAGAAACUAUCUCGUAUGGGUUCGGGGAAGAUGAUACUUCAAAAGGACGGCGGAUAUUCGCCUUGACAAGGAUGGACGGUAAUCGAUUUCUGAUUUUUGCCGGCCAAUCUAGCGACGAGACUGUAAAAUACGAGUCUCUUGAUGCCAUGCGGUCAUUAGUACAGGAUUUCAAGACCUACAAGGAUCCGAUUCCGGAAUGGGUAUUCGAAACGAUUGAUAUCCUCGAGGAAUCUCAGCCGGUGAUCCAUUCUUCUCAUCUUCGCGUUCCCCCCACAGCUUAUAUCCGAUAUCAUCAAACAGCGAACCUACCAAGUAAUUUUGUAGCGCUUGGAGAUAGUGUUUUUUCUAUUGAUCCUAUAUUCGGCCAAGGAUGUACGAAGGCUUUAUUGGGCGCAGUUGCGCUUCACAAAGUCCUCUCUACCAGAACACCAGCGGAUGCCAAAGAAAUACCUGGAAACUUUUCAGAACAGUUCUUCAAGGAACACUUCAAUAAGACAGAUAGUUUUUGGCAGGUCACUCAUCUUCUGGAUUAUGGGAUUCCCAGUACUACACCAUUACCAGGAGAAGACCUCCAAGUCGGCAGUUUGAUCCGUUGGUAUCUGAGAAGAGUACAGAUUCUUGCUAUAAAGGAUGCCCAAGCCGCACGGACCUUCUGGGAUGGAGCUAUGGGUUUUGGCACAUCCAUUGAUUUCUUCCAUCCCUCGCUUGUUCUCAAAACUCUGUUCAAUACAGUAAUUGGGGGAUGA